GCUUUACAAUCGUGGUGUGGAUUUGUCUCUGAGAAGCAGUUUCAGCCUCUCUUCUUCAUGCUUUCGUCUCUCUGGACAGACUUUGAAAAAGGGGGGUCCUGACAUGUCCUUUGAAUGCAUGUGCCGCGCUUAUACGAGAAACUGCACAGAAGUGGAAUAUUCUCUAGGAUUUUGACAACUAGCUGGCAUAAUUUGUUUUUUUUAAACACCUUUCUUUUUUUUUGCAGUCUCAUCAAAAAUCUUUAUAUCGAAUCAAAAUGUUUUCAUCGGAUCAAAGUUGUUGGUUCGUUCGUAAGGUGAUAUGUUGGAGAGCAGUAGCCAGUAUGGCGUGGUCUGUCCUGCUGCUGCUGCCCACCACAGCUCUGUUUGUUCUUCUCAGCAGAUUCAGUCUGUUUCACCCGAUACUCUGGAUGUCAGAAUGCCUGUCCCUAUUGACCAGUGCCAGUGCCAUCUUCUCCUUUAUUCUGCUAUGUGGAGUGGUAUUGAUGGUGGGCUUCUUCAACCUGGAGUAUUACACAGUGGUCCCAUCCAUCGCCUGUUCCAAGAUCGCCCUCCUGGGUCAGGUGCUCCACCCCCGUCAGUUCGUCCACUCACUGGUGCACUGCAUCAUGGGUGUUGUAGUAGCUUGGUGUUGUGCCUUCACCAUCGGAGGGCGCUACAGGUCCUUGGGGCACCCCUGUACACAGGAUGAGAGUAGUAGUGGUCCUGAGAUGUGCCUGAAUGAAUACCACCUGGUGCUGCUGCUCGCGGGGGCCUUCAUUGGCUACAGCCACAGCCUGGUGGGAGUGGUCUACAACAUGAACUACGUUUCUUUCCACACCAUGCAGCAAUACAAGUACCUCCGCUUCAAGGGAGCUCUGCCCCUAGUGGUGAAGGCCAGUGCUGUUCAGGCCCUCUACUGUCUCAGGAGCUUCCUCCUGCUGUAUUUCUUCAUGGGAUAUGCACCACGAGCCUGGAUCUGUAAAACACUUGACCUCAGCAUCAACAGUUCAAUCCAUUCCCUGGACAGUGUGUCUAGUCUAUUGGACCUGUCCCUCCUGUACCACCUGUGGAUCAGUGGGACCUUCCUCCUCCUCACCUGGUACAUCACAGUACUGCUCUUCAGGAUCUUUGUUACCGAGGUUUACAGUUUCCCUGUCCAGUCCACGUUCACAGAGGACGCCCACCAGUGCCUGCCCAAAGUUAUCACUGGCACGCAACCAAUGAUACUGAAGUUCCUAGCCCUCCAGGACCUGGCUCUGCUGUCUCAACAUUCUCCUUCUAGACGUCUGGAGGUGUUCAGUCUCAGCCAACCAGGCGGUCACCCUCACAUCUGGACGGCCCUGAGUAAGGAGUGUCUGUCUCUGUUGUCUGACCUGACUGAGCGGCUGGUAGCCCACCAUGACACUGUAGCUACUAACGGACGGGCCAAGUCCCAGUCUACAGGAAGCAACAAGCGGUCCACCACCUCCUCGGAAGGCUCCGUAACUUCUGUCGGUAUGGAGGAUAUGAAGACUCCUCGGCCCAGCGCCCUGAUCAGAACCCCUGGCUCAGUGUUCUUACGUUCCUCUGUCGGGGCGGGGCUGCGAACUCCCCUGACCACCCCCUUUACCCCGGACCUAGACAGCCCCUUCUCCUCCCCCGCCCUGCGGCGGCUCACUGGCCCCUUGGAGCCUCAGGGGGCCCUGUCCCCCGGCUUCAGCUCCAUCCAGAGCCCUCACGUCAUGAGGAGGGGCCCCAAACUCUGGUCUGCUUCUACAGACUCCCAGCUGAACGGCAGUCCUCCGCCAUCUCCUGGUCCCGCCCCCAGCCCGUCCCAGGCCCAACUCAAACCCUCCUUCCUUGUUACCUUCCUACAGAACAGGAAGGACCAGGUUAAAAAUUUCUUGGCAAAGCGGAUGCUGAUAAUGUAUCUGUUUAACAAGCUGCCAGAAGCCUCCAGUCAGGCCCUGUUUGCUGACAGCCAGGUUCACAUAUGGGCUCUGCAAGGUCUGUCUCACCUGGUGGCAGCGUCCUUCUCUGAGGACCAGUAUGGAAUAGUUCAGACCACCCUGCCUACCAUCCUCAGUACCCUACUGCUGUUACAGGAGGCUGUGGAUCGUCACUUCAAGCUACCCCAUACCUCCUCUAAACCAGGUCACUGUUCCUGCAGUAUGGGAGAUGACAGUUACAAGACGCUCCGCUUCGCCCUGCGAUCCACCCUGAAGACCGCUGUCUACAGGAUCACAGCCACUUUCGGAGGACACCUCCACGCUGUCCAGAUGUCCGCAGAGCACCGGAAGAGACUGCAGCACUUCCUGGAGUAUAAAGAGUGAAGGCGUGAGCGACAUGCCCAGGACUGUGUCUGUCACUUAGCUGAUGACAAUGGUAGUGUGACUGAGUUGAUAUUGGCUGUGUGAGUGUGUGUGUGUGUGUGGCUGUGCUUCCUAUUGAAAGAUCUUGAAAGUGCCAAAUUUGAAUUGGUUGCCUAGACUACUGUUCGUAGGAAACGAGGUUGCUUCCAAGUUCUUGUUAGUUGGUUUUUGUUUUGUACUAUACAUUCUGUAAUGAGCUCGUCAAUAAUGUUUUUGUCCAUCUGACAAAUUGCUUUGUUGUUUUCUGCUUUAACUGAAAUGAACGGGAUUGCGACAUACGUCUAGGAAGUCUUUGAAAAGUCACCUCUAGGAAGUCUUUGAAAAGUCACCUCCAGCAACCUGAGUUCACGUAUGAUCAAUGACUACAUAGGGUAUGAAUAAAAUGUUUUGUAAAAAGA